AUGGCGUCAGCAUAUUCUCUGGAGGACUCCUUCACUUGUCGAGUCUGUCUGGAACUGUUGAGAGAUCCAGUGACAAUUCCAUGUGGACAUAAUUUCUGUAUGAGGUGUAUUAAGGGCUGCUGGGAUCAGGAGGAUAGUAAAGGAGAAUACAGCUGUCCCCUGUGCAAACACAACUUUGACUCCAGGCCUGUCCUCCACAAAAACCCUCUAAUUGCUGAAAUGGUGGAGAAGUUCGGGAAGACCAGCAUCCAAGCUGCUGCCCCUGCUCUCUGUUAUGCUGGACCUGAAGAUGUAGUGUGUGACGCCUGCACCGAGAGAAAACUCAAAGCUGUCAAAUCCUGUCUGGAGUGUCUGAUGUCAUACUGUGACACUCAUCUGAAAGCUCAUAAUGCACUUACAGGUAGAAAUCACACCAUGGUUGAUGCCACAGGCCAGCUACAGGAGAAGAUCUGUCCCCGUCAUAAGAAGGUUUUUGAAAUAUUCUGUCGCACUGAUCAGAGUUGCAUCUGCUAUCUGUGUACGAUGGACGAUCAUAAAGGUCACGACACGAUCACGGCUACGGCAGAGUGGAGUUGUAAAAAGGAGGGGUUGGGGCAGAGCCAGAGGAGAUGCCAGCAGAUAAUGCAGUUGAAGGAGAAGGAGCUGCAGGAGCUGAGGAAGGCUGUGGAGACUCUCAAGUCUGGUGCACAGACAGCAGUGGAGGAGAGUGAGAGGAUGUUUGCUGAGAUGAUCCGCUCCGUUGAGAGAAGGUGCUCUGAGGUGACAGAGUUGAUCAGAGCUCAGGAGAAGGCUGAGGUGAGUCGAGCUGAAGGACUCCUGAAGCGACUGGAGCAGGAGAUUGCUGAGCUGAAGAGGACAGAUGCUGAGAUGAAGCAGCUUUCGCAGACACAGGAUCCCAUUUACUUUCUCAAGAACAUGGUGUCCAUCGCUGGUGAUCCAUGCACUGCUGUGACCAGAAGGACCUUCAGCCAAAGCCACUUCUUUGAGCCCCUGAAGAAAUCUGUGUCUGCACUGAAGAUGCAGGUGGAGGAGAAACUAGAUUCAAUCUUCAAGCAGGAACUAGUCAAGAUAUCAGCAGCAGCAACUAAGGAACAAAUCACUUCGGACAUAGAAUAUACUGAUCCUGAACUCCCAGUCAGAAGAAUAAACAGUAAGGAACGCCUGCAACCAGACAGUAAGUCAAUACUGAGGACCUCUAACGGCCUCCACAACUUCUACAAGCGGGGCCAGGCUCUUACUGCUGAACCAGUUACCAGAGAGGACUUCUUAAAGUAUUCCUGUCACUUCACUCUGGAUCCAAACACAGCACACAGACACCUCCAUCUGUCUGAGGGGAACAGGAGGGUGGAGUGGAGACGUGGGGCCCCAUCAUAUCCUGAUCAUCCAGACAGAUUUGAUCUUUAUCCUCAGGUGCUGUGUAGAGAGGGUGUGUCUGCACGCUGCUCCUGGGAGGUUGAGUGGAGUGGAGAGUUUGUUGGUAUAGCAGUGUCAUAUAAAAGCAUCAGAAGGAAAGGAAAGGGUAAUGAGUGUAGGUUUGGACGUAAUGAUCAGUCCUGGAGCCUGUACCUCUGUAGCUCCUACUCCAAUUUCUGGCACAAUAAUGAAAAGACUAAACUCCCUCUAGUGGCCAGCUCCAGAAUAGGAGUGUAUGUGGAUCACAGGGCAGGAACUCUGGCCUUCUACAGCAUCAGGGGAGACACAAUGACCCUCCUGCACAGAGUCCACACCACAUUCACACACACUCUCUACCCCGGGUUUUGGGUAGGUGGUGAAUCAUCAGUGAAGCUGUUGUGA